GCCAGUUAACUUAUGUUCAGGAAUAAACUAAUUAAGUAAGGAAAAAGUUUCUAUUUAAAGGCAUCAAAGUGCUUGGCAUAUCAUCUCAAUGCUCAUUUCUUUCUGAUCAAAUUAAUAGCAAAUAUAUAAACACUAUUUGCUUAUCUAUCCGAUCGGUAACCAUGGAAAAUAGUUCAGAAGUUGUCUCCAGGUUGUCAAUGAAAGUAGCACUUAUCACCGGGGGGGCUCAGGGAAUCGGCGAAGCAAUAGCAAGGCUAUUCAUCAAACAUGGAGCCAAAGUCGUAAUUGCCGAUAUCCAAGACCAAUUAGGUCAUGCAUUUUGUAAAGAUAUUGGUCUUGACAGCGCUUCAUUUGUCCAUUGUGACGUGACUAUUGAAUCAGAUGUUGAAAGUGCCAUCAACAUGACACUCGCCAAAUAUGGUAGGUUGGACAUAAUGGUGAACAAUGCAGCCAUAUUAGAUGAUGGAAAGCCGAACAUUGUUGAUAAUGAUCAAUCAACUUUUGAAAGAGUCAUGAACGUUAACGUCACUGGUGUGUUCCUAGGAACCAAACAUGCAGCUCGAGCCAUGAUCCCAGCUCGCAGUGGCAGCAUUAUUAUGAUGGGAAGUGUGUCUGGGAGCAUUGGUGGAAUCAUUUCUCAUGCAUAUUCGAGUUCAAAACAUGCAAUCGUGGGGCUGACUAAGAACACGGCAGCUGAGCUUGGCCAAUAUGGGAUUCGUGUUAAUUGCGUAUCACCUUAUUUUAUCCCUUCACCUUUAACAGCAAAUUAUACACAAGAUUAUCCAGAGAAAUACUCAAAUGUUUAUUCAAACCUCAAAGGGAUCACGCUACGUGAAAAGGAUGUUGCAGAAGCUACUCUUUUUCUAGCAAGCGAUGAGGCCAGGUACAUGAGCGGGCAUAAUCUAGUACUUGAUGGAGGUUUUACGGUUAUAAAUCCAGCUUUUGGACUAUUUGCACGAGCUUCCCCUAACGAGUAACUCUGAUGCGUUUAGAGUUAAUUGUUCUAUUUUUCUUUGGUUAAAAGAUGUAUUGUGUGUGUUAAUUAUAACAUUUCUAGUAUUGUAUAGCAUUCCUCCUAAAUAUAUUACAAAUGCUCUAAAUAAAUGGAGCAUUUGUUUGUAAUGUA